AUGAGCCAGGAUCCAAAUCUCCUAUCCCCGCGGUCUGCAUCAGGAUUUCAAUCAACUCCAUCUCCGUCGACACCAGUGUCACCGUCCGAUGAGCCACAGAGCUAUGAUGGGGGCGAUAUUGCAAUGGAGAACAUAUACGCUUCGCCGCUAACGUCACCCAAUGCAUUCACUCGUGGCGACAAGAGUGGCUCAUACAUAUCGCUUAACGGCCCUCUCGGCAAGCACGACUCUGACAACCAGUCUCUGUUAAAUCACCACAGCCGUCAUCAUCACGUCAAACAUUUCGAUCACAGUGAAGCUCGGAAAUAUCUGUUCAAGACCGGGGGCUACAAGCUCCUGGUCACCAUCUUUUUCAGCGCACUUAUGUGUAUCGCGUUGAAAGCUUGGGAGGGGUUCAAUGGACACAUCGUACUGUCAAAGAAGGAUGUCAGGGUGUUCAACUCCCUCAUGAUUGGUCUUUCCCUUUGCUUGGGUCUCAAUCUGCUCGCCUCGCUCCAGAAUUAUGCGGGGAUCCUUCGUUGGUCUCUGCUGAGUCGGCGAUACGUAUCCCUGGAGGCCUUUGAUCUGAUGCUUGGGCUAGAAAGACUGAGCAACGUCGUCAAGUUGAUGGUCAUCUCUCUACCUUUGGUGCGACGCCGAAAGUACCUGCGGAAGUUCAGUUGGUUCAAGGACGUACGACAGGAUGACACAAAGUGGACAUGGCUUGUCUGUCUGAUCUGGCUUGCCAUCAACGUUGGGUCGCAAGUACUUGUGGCCGUUUCUUCUCUUUUCUACCCCAUGGACACAUCCGAUUUUCCGCUUCUUACUUAUGGUGAUGUCACCGUAGCAGACCUGACGCGGUGGACCGCUGGGAAUGAAACCAAGAGCAACGCCACCGCGCUCGAAGCGGCAUGGAUGUAUGGUAUGGAAGCCAUUGUCUACCCAGAGUUCGCUCCCAACGACACGCAAAAAGACCUCUCGGGACUUGCAGGCACACCAUUGUACAAGCUCGACAACGGAUCCGAUGAAUACCGCUUCUUCAACCGUAACCCAAACCAUCCGUACUCCGACUACAUCCUGAGUAACCGCAGCAUCUCAACUACGACGACAUGCGUGACAGUUGAAGUAGGUGGGAAGAUUGUGGAAAACUCGACAGACGACACUGCCUUCGUCAAAGGCAAAGCGCCAGGCAAAGAAUGGGAUAAGUUCUAUCUUCCUCAAUACGCUGGAGGGGCGCUCACAUGGAUGGCCUCGAUUCCCGAGGCAUGUGGUGCACGCUGCACAAACUUCACCGUUCUCCAGAACCGACUCGGCAACAUUGUCAACGAAACGUCGCUGUUCCUCUGCAACAGCACCGUCUCUGAAAUUCGAUCUGGCAAGGAAAAGAAUGACAUCACCCUCCAGAGCAAAGAAGACUCAGACGCCGUCUUCGGCACUGAUCAAUUCGCCCGCACGGCAUCAGGAGCCAUGGGAUGGACCGGCACGUCGUGGGACAACUGGGACGAUAUGCAAUUCCGGACCUAUACGCGGGGAUCCAGAUGGUCUCCUUCGCACAUUGUCAACGCAUCGGAAGUAGAAGACAUGCUGAUGCGCUUCACCAUCGGCGCCAUCGCUGCCUUCGAUGACCACGGCAUCCGACACAACGUCACGGACCAGUAUGUCGUGCCGACGCAGGGCCAGCAGCUUGCCGUCGACUGGCCUUACAUCUUCAGCAUACUGGGCGGGAUCUGCUUCAUCCAGUUCGCCGCGCUGUGCUGUCUGCUGCUCUUCGCGAACCGCACCAUUGUCAGGGACGAGAGCUUCUUCAGCACGGCCAUGCUCUUGAGUCCCGUUGUGGGCCGUAUUGGCAAGGAGGGCGGCGGCAUGAACAUGAGUGGUGAUGAGAUUAAAGACCAUCCUAAGCUCAAGUGGAAGAAGAUUAGGUACGACUACCGCGAGGGCAAGAACGGCGAUCCUCAUCAAGUGGACAUCUUCUUCGAGGGUAAAGAUAGCAAAGAGAGCAGGAAGAGCUGGGCGGCCGGGGCGUAUAGUUGA